AUGUUGGGGCGUUUGAAUGUGGCCAAACGGCUUGCGCGUCAGAAUUCACCGACUGGCAAUGACGAGCGCUACAUCGAAUGCUUUGUUGAAAUGCUCAAGACGCGGGACGCACAAAGUGAGCAAGUUCUUCCGACGGCUGGCCAGGUGGGGAAAGCAGGGCUCGUCUGUGCUGUCUUCCAGCGGUAAGUGCUGCAUCUUUCUCUCGUUAUCGCUCUUCUAAAUGCACGUUGGACGGGAAUUCGAGCGUGGUUAAGAUACCGACUUAUGUUGGAUAGAUAGUAUGCUCCAGUCUCUCCGACUGAGCAAUAUAGUAAAAUUGAUGCUAGAUGGAAACUGGUCCAGUAGACACUUGUAGUGUUUGCUCGGUUGCCUAGCUGGAAAUAAUGUUAAGGUUCGCAUACAAUAUGGACGCUGUCAUACACCAACAAUGUUUCUGCCUAUUCGAUCAGCCACAUGAUCCCAGCCAUAUACGUCAGGUAGAAAGUAGCGACUGCGUUGAUUCCACAGAGUCGUUAGGACGACAUGCAUUCAUGCUGAUGUCCGAAUAUUGUCAGUCAAUUUUCACGUUUUUGGGAGUCAUCGAUAUCACUUCUUGCCAAUUCUGGUUAAGGUGACCUAAUGUGAAGCGAUUUGAGUUGCAAUAUGACACGCCUUCAGGCUUUUCCUUUCGUUCUUUCCAGCCUGCCAGCAGUCGGACACGCCGGGGUCCGUAUUCGGUGGCCGGGUCUCACAGCAGGACCAGUCGCCUGAUUUCCCCGUAAGUCCUCAGGACGAAUGAUUAUGAUGAUGACGUUGGCAAGUUAGGGCAUGGUCCGCUUAAUCCUGCCACUAAAUGUCUUCCUGUUUCAUCGUCCAGGGUGUCCCACACUUGCUAGUGGAGAUGGUGAAGGCUUUGCGUGUACGCGGCCUUAACAUGGAGGGCGUAUAUCGAGUGCCAGGUCGCGCAUCCAGGAUACAAGCAAUUAUUCAGCUGGCUAAUUCCGUAAGUCAUCUACCUCAUUAAUCCUAUACGUGCAGUGAGACAUUAUGUCACAUGCAGCAUUACGCUGACUUACGCUUAGGUGUGUGCUAAUAUGCAGAUUCGCACAUGUUUGCUAUUUCAGAAUGUGAGUGAGCUUUGUGACCGUCUGGUGUGCGACGAGGAGGCUUUUGAUGGUCGGACAAUUUCGUCAGCCAUCAAGCGUUACUUGGGCACCCUGCCUGUCAGUCUUCUGAAUGCCCACAUGUUUGCCUCGUUUGUGGCGUCAAGGACGAACGAGACGGGGACGAAGAGAUGUGGCCGGUCUCUGCGGACACCGGCAGGCCUAGCACGCGCCUUAUGGCAAGUGCGAACAGGCCUCGUGAAGGCUUUCGGCUGCCCCGGCAAUGCGACGGCCGAGGACCGGGAGAGAGGGUGGCGUAUGGCCACGCUUGAUUACAUGAUGCGCCACCUUCGGGAGGUUGUGGCCCUUCAGGCCAUCAACCGCAUGUCCCCUAGAGCGCUGGCGUUGUGUCUCGCACCCUCUCUCUUCGGCUCCACAGAUGAUGCCGAGACCAACAGCCAGGUAUGCAUUAGACCACAGCUGCCCUCUUUCACGUCUCCCCAUGCAAUCACCUCUUCCUUUAGUGGUCAUUACCUCAUGCUUAUGCUAUUUCAUGUCUGUCACCACCACCAUCAACAGGUGCUGGAGCUGCUAAUUGAGCGCUGGCCCUGGCUGUCGUUGAGGCUGCACCGGGACAGCCAGCCGGUGUCCGCAGAGGGUCUCACCGAACCGGUAGCCGACGCCUGUCUCUACGCCUGUUGGUAAGUCUCUCACUGCCCAUCUCCCUCCUUGCCAUUAUUUCCAUUUCAUAUAUUCUGACAUUCUCUGCUUCAAGUAGGCUUGUCAAUCACCAAAAUUGCGUACAAAUUUGCACUUCAGUUGAUCUUCUUCUUACUGUCAUGCUUGAAUGAAUGACGCUAUUUUCCUGCUGAUCUGCAAUCUGGCCUUCCUCACAGCAUAGACUUUCUGUAUUGCAAUUCAUAACAUAGGCUGCACUUAUUGAAUAUGAACCAUUUGUAAUCUUACAUAUACUCAGCUCUGACUCUCUGUAUUUUGGCAUUCUUUUUUGCCAGUAGACUUGUUCAUUGUCUUUCUGUGCAUUCAUUUACGGUCCAAUUUAUGCAGACAUUUUAGCCAUGCUUUAGUUCUUCAGGAUUUUGCCGAUUGCCACCUAGUUGUUACCCUGAGGACUGCAAUGCGGCCUCUAACACAGCACAGAUAUCUUGCAUUCCAGUCCAAGACAUUGGCUGCACCAAUUAAACUAGAGUGCUGCUCAGUCUAAGGGGUACUCAGCCAUGGUUCACUGAAUCCUCUCUCUCCUUUCUAGAUACCAGCGGCACUGCUUCCUACGGUCCCUGUGCCUACCACCGACCCUCCCACUGUCGUCGCCGCCGCCGCCGCCGCAUUCAGUGGACGGAGUCUUUGCUAGCGAAUGUACAUAGCCUUCGUUCAAAUUCGUCCCCCCCCCCCGCCGCCCCCUCCCCACCCAUAAUUAUUUGUACAGUGGAACGCAUGAUUAUCCUGCCUCCUUGUUUUUGCACUUUUGCCUUACAUUUUUCUUCGUUCUAAUGUUUAUUCUAUUUUACACAAUAUACCUUGUUUCUUUGACGUGCACUCCGUCUCUUUUUCGCGUCUGGAUUAACUGGGCAAGACCGUAUGUUGGUCAUAGUCUGCGGACAGGAAGUUGAGGUCAACAGCAGGUGUGUCUGCAUGGGGAGAAGUCUAGCAGGUGUGGUUUGCGUGAUACAGAUAGGGAGGAGUAUGCGGGUCAGCCAGAGAGCAGACAUGUUGAUUGGUUGGUUGGUGCUGUCACUUCGGGUCGUAGGGAUUGGUGGAGGCAAAUGAGAAGGUAGAUAUCCCACGGGCGGUGGGGGGAUAUUGCGUGGGGUGUCAGUGGGCAAACUGCGAUCGGCGCAGCGACGGGGGGGAGGGGGUGGGGGCAGGGAAGAGGCAGGUGCAACGCACCCAGACAAUUGGUGGGAGGCGUCAGACGGUGGUUUUUGCCUGAACCAGUUUCUAGUGAAAGAGGACUUGAGAACAGUAAAAUGACUGACAAUGCUAAAUAUCUCAACUACGCGUGCUACGCACAGACACACGUGGUGUGUUGAGGAUGUGCCAGAUCAACAGGGAAACUAGAGAGGGGUGCCUCAAAUCCCAACAGAGUGGGAUUGCUUCAUUAAGAAGAAGGGGUUGCAGCCUCUCUCUCUCCAGAUCGGAUUACCGACUAAUCCCAUCACUUGUCACUCUUCCAAGCAGCGGUAUUCUGGUUACUUCAAAUGUUUCAAAGCAUUUCGAUUGGUUUAAAGUCUGUAAUAUUCAGUGAGUUUAAUGAUGUCGGAAUCCCCACACUGGAAUUCACUCUACAUUCCUUCUUCCAGGAAUCAGUCCAAGCUCCCAUCCGAUCAGUCAUUUUAUGCGGAGAUGGGCAGAUAUGCUGAAUAGCGCUGAGACAGCCAGUUUCCCUGUGUCACACACGACGAAACCCACCACCACCACCACCAUACAACACUAGGUGUUCAUGCAAAGGAACAGGGCUUCUGGGCCUUCACAUGCGUGGCAGUGCCUAAGAAGCCACAUGGAAAUGCGACAAAUAUGAGCCCUCCAAAUGAUGUGAGAGACGCCAAUGUCAUGUCUGUGUUGUACGAUGAUGGACGCGUUUGGUUGCGGUGUAUUUGUUGUUGGAUGACGUAUGGUUGGUGGUUGAUUGUACUUGUAGUGGCAUUGUGGCUCAUAAGCGGACAAGGUCUUUGAUUGAAAAUGGUUUAUUUUGGGACGAAAUUGGUGGGGAUGGGGGGUGGCGAACCACAAAGUGCUCAAUCGGAGAAAAUAAUGUACAAACAGGUAGUUCGGAAAAUCCGACCGCACACGAUACGAUGAAGAAUUAGAAUUGUCCGUUGUGCAAUCAGACAUCGUCUUCCAUUGCCUUUGCCGGGAUUGGUUCCACCGUUACUACAACAAGUAACUAAGGUAGGCGAAUGAGUAAUAAUGAACUUGCAUCAUACUGCCCCUUCCUGUAGGACCGAUGUUCACUCGGUUAUAGGUGUACAUAUGUUAAUUCUAUCGGAAUGCUGAAACCACCUUCAGCGGGGACUUCCACAGUGGGGAAAAUCCGCGAGGGUUUAAACCCAGUCAACGAAGCAGGAUUGGCAACUCUGGGAAAAGGGAUCGGAUGGGAGUUAUCAACUGGUGGGGAAGGAAGGGGAUAACUCGACAGCUCCGCGGAUGAGAACGCAGGUAAAUCCGUAGAGGUAGGACAAUCAGAGAUGUCAUCCAAAGGAUACGGUUUAAGCCUGUCAAAGCAUGCCGCAAAUUUGGGACCGUCGGGAUCUUCAGAGGCUCGUAGGAUACAGAAAGAAUGAGAAGAAUAUUCUAAGACAACGAAAUGUUUUGAAAAUUUGUCAGGUGACCCAGGUUGCAACCCCUACCCCUGAUACCCGAAUACUUUGUCGUCAGUUUGGUGAGGUCCACCAUGCGAUGCGUACGGCGAUCAUAGCACUGCUUUUGUCGUUGAUGGGCCGCGGAGUGGCAAGUGCGGGCAAGUUCAUCUGACCAGUAGAGACUACCUCCGAGAUUCCGUACGAAUGUACUCGGAUGAGAUUGCGAUGAAACCGGAAGGGGACAGGAAGUGUCCAGUUGAAGGCGGAACUCAGGGCCGCCGUAUAUCAUCGCAAGCGGUGUAUGGGUCGUUAACCCGUGCGUGGCAGAUGGAUAGGCAAGAAUGCACUGAGGCAGAAGAGCAGCAUCCGUGGAGGAGGCUGGACAACUAAUUAGAAAAGUUUGAAUUAACACCUCGAGUGUCCUAUUUGUUCGCCGAACUCGCCCCCCUCCCCCAUUUCCUUGAGAACGCCAACGGGUGGAGAGAGAUUUACAAAUAUGGAGGUGUUUACAAGCGCGACUCGAAUUGAGCACCACGGUCUGAAUGGAGUUGCUCGGACACAAAAUGUCCAAAUAUGACCUUGGCUACCGUAAUGGUGUCGGCCUCUGUGAGAGGCAAUGCCUCGUACCUCUUGGUGAAAAGUUCUACUUAGACAUAUAUAUGCCGGUUUCCGGGCUGUGAAUGGGGCACGGGACCCAUUAAGUCGACACCGACAGUUUCGUUCCUGUGGCCUGCCUGAAUUGGCUGCAUUGGUGUGCUGUGUUCUGCGUUGGGAAUUUUGACAUCCACACAUAUGGCACAGGUGUUGCAAAUGUCCUGGAUGACCAGACGUUGCUUUGGCCAGCAAAAGCGCUGUCGCGUGGCUGUGUCUGUGUGAGACUGGCCAGCAUGACUCAGAUCACUAUAGAGACAAGAGAGUGUGAGAUGGAUCACAUCGUGAGGUUAGACCAGACGAGAUGAAUCGGCAGGAGAAUAGUGAAGGAAUAGCACGUCGUCGCAAAAACGAAAGCUGUUUCACGCCGACCAAUGGCACCGAGUUUCCCAGGCGGUUUCAAUGCCCUGCGACGAAUGUGAUCAUAGAUAAUCGGUACGUACAGGAGUCUGCGGCUUGAGUUGACGACCAUCGCAAGUGAUCAGGAGCAUCAAUCGUAAUGGCAGUCACCGAGACAUACAUAUGUCGCUGCGGUGGCGUCUGUGCCUGGCAGGACAAAGCGUCCGCCUCCUGAUGUUCCUAAGCGACACGAUGGACGACAGUGUUUGAAUGCUCAAGAGGAUAUGUCUGCCAGUGAGCGAGCGAGUUUACUAGCCGGAUCCCUUAACCACCGCAGCGCCUGUUUAUCGGUGAGGUGUUGCGCCUGGAAUCGGUUCCGGCAGUACCAGUCACCCUAACUUUGGUUUCCCUAAUGCUGUCUUGUCAACGGGUUAGGGUGGAGAGAAGGAGAGUGUGCGGUAGAUGAUACUUAAGUCUGCAUUGACUAUAAGCGAAUUCGCGCAGUAGUCACCAUGCCCGCACUCCCAAUGUUGUGGAUCAAACAGUGCAUAUUGUCGGUGGCGUCGGUCGAGCAUUCGGUUGUUGUAAUUAUGUUGGCGUUAUGUAGCACUAGCGGUGGCAUUGUUGUUGUUGGUGGUGGUGGUGGUGGUGGUGGUGGUGGUGGUGGUGGUGGUGGUGGUGGGGUUUUUAUUUUUGCGGAAGCAUGUGGUCGUGGUAGUACCUAUGUACGAAUUAUGGUAAACAGUAUUUCCAAUAUGCACUACCAUUUGCCUGGCGGUAUUCACUUUCGUGGGGUUUGACAUUGGCCUGACGAUAAAUUCGUCUGCACAUCGGGUAAUGCCGGUCCCAUUCCCAUCCCUCAUCCUCUCUGCCCUUCUUCCUCUCUUCCUUACACCCACACUCAAUCAAUCUCGCGCACACGUUAAAGCGCACUCAGCUGGGCAGUUGCUCGCAUGGAACUCCAGCAUCAGCACAGUCGUGACGAGUCUCCGUCUGGUACGCCGCUGGUCAGCCGGUCGAUUGGAACUUAGCGUCUGCAUCGUCAAGACGAGGCUCCGUCUGGAGCACCGUAGGAGGCCGCGAGCUUACGGCGAUGUCGUAAGCUUUUGGCAAAAUCGAGUCGUUCUUCUAUUACAACAAAAUUCGUGGCCCAAAGCGCAGUCCGGGCGUGCCGGCACAUAAGGGCAGCACUAUUUAAGGGAGACACUGCUCCCAAAAAGCGAAGGGUCUAGAAAUGGUGCCUUUAAGAUUGUUGGCGAAGCAGGACGACAUCAAUAAUACCCCCUCUCGUCUUCCUCCUCCUCCUCCUCCUACGUAUUCUUUCAUUUUUUCUCCUUGUUCUUCUUCUUCUUCUUCCUAUUCUUCUUCUUCCUCUUCUUCUUCUUCAACAUCCCGCUGAUCUACUCGCCACAGUGACAGAGUGAGUCCACUCCAUCUGCAGCCUGGUUUUAAACAAUCCGAGGAGCACCGACCGGAACAGGGAACGGCGCUAGUGGAUCGCAAGCUGGCGCUCUACAAGGUCGACAUCACCGCACUCAGCGAGACCUGGUUCUCCGAUGAAGGCCAACUGGAGUAUGUGGGUGCCGGCUACACCUGCUUCUGGAGCAUUCGUCCAAAAGCAGAACGAUGAGACGUGGGUGUCGUCCUCGUCAUCCGGAGCGACAUCAUGGUACAACUGCCCUGUCUACCGCAGGGUAUCAACGAUCGCUUGAUGGGCCUCCGCCUGCCUCUGAGGGAUGGGGGGCAAGUUCGCCAACAUCGCCAGCGUCUACGUUUCUGCCGAUGACCAACCCUGACGCAGCACCAAGAAACAAAUUCCACGAGGACAACGAUGAAGUCGCCAUCAGCAACCUGCUCGCCGAGAAAAACCACCUACACAAAGCCUACGUCGACCACCCCACCGACGACAACAGAGCUGCCAUCUGCGCAGUCGCCGCCUCCUACAACAGCAAAUGCGCGAGAUGCGGGAUGCCUGGACGGCUUGAAAGGCUAAGCAGAUCUUCUGUUACGCGGAACACAACGAAUGGAAGAACGUAUUCUCUACGAUUACAACUGUCUACGGUCCGUCGACCGAAGGCACUUCUCUCCUCAGCGCCCAUGGCAGUACCCUCCUGACUGAGAAGACACAAUUUCUACAGCUGUGGGCCGAACACUUCCGUGCCGUCCUCAGUCGUCUCUCCACCAUUUUCGACGCCGCCGGCUACGCUACAAUCAGCGAGGCAUCUCCUGGCCGAAAAUCGCUGGCAAGAUCUUCGCUCGCAUCAUCCACAAACGUCUAAAUAAUCAUCUGGAACAGGGCCUUCUAUCGGAUAGCCAGCGUGGCUUCUGUCGUCAUCGCGUGACCACGGAUGUGAUCUUCGCCGCUCGUCAACUCCAAGAGGAGUGUCAGGAGAUGCGGACCCACCUGCACUCUACCUUCAUGUACCUGACGAAAGACUUCGACAAGGUGAAACGUGAAGGACUUCUGACGAUUAUGUAG